UCUUUUUUGUUUGGUCCUUCCUUCCUUUCGUAAUAAAUUAACAGUUAUUACAAACUUAGUAAUUUGAGGUCCAACAGAAAACAAACACAACUGUUUUAUUUUCUUUCCAUCACCAACCUCCACCAUGACCCUGCCGGAAUUUCCUUCCUGCAGUGGCGCCGGAACAUCAUCCCCGCCGGGGAAGAAAGAGCUCCAGCUCCAAGGGACGCGUCCACCGCCGCUCAGAGUUAGCAAAGACUCCCACACCAUCCAAAAGACCCGCAAGCCGCCACUGCCCCCCAACGCGCACCUACCGCCGCCCCCACCAGAGAACCGGAAACCGGUGAUAAUCUACACCGUGUCUCCCAAAGUCCUCCACGUCACCGUCAGCGACUUCAUGAACGUGGUUCAGCGCCUCACCGGGCCAUCCUCUGGUGACGAGCCCGCUCUCGGACCCGGCGACGUUUCGCCGGCAGCGAGGCUGGCGUCGAUCGAGAGGACAAGCCCAUCGGAGAGAGAGAGAGAUCACGGCGGAGAGGAGGACGUGAUGUUGAUGUUGGAAGGACUGGAAGUGGGUCAGUUCCCCGGAAUAUUGUCGCCGGCGACGUUGCCUCAGAUAUCGCCAGGGUUUUUCAACGAGCCGCAGACGACGUCGACGUCGUUUUGGCACGACCUGAGCCCGUUUUGGUCUACUCACAGCUUCGUUGCAAGUCCUUCGGGGCUGCUUUCCGCCGCCGCGAUUUCUCCGCUGCCGUCGCCGGACAUCUUCAAUCUCUUCGACUAACUUUGAUUUUUAUUACCACUUUGAGUUUUUUCUAUUUUGGUAUGGUGACUAUUGAUUAGGUUUGGAAAGGGAAAAGGGUGGAAGAUUCAACUAUGGGUGACUUUUGUGGCCAAAGUUUUGUAGAGCGUAGAUAUUGUUUGUGGUUUCAAGGGAAAAGAAUAAAAAUACAAAAUGAGAGCACUCUUGAAUUCAAAGUUUCAAACUAUGGUCAUUGCUGAUCCACUGUUUUCUGCUGCGUUACAAAUAAUUGGAGUCCUUUGUGUAGUCUUUAUCAGUUAGUUAGGUCCAUAACUAAAUUCGCCACAGAUAAAAUCCUCAAAAUCAACUAAGAGCAUCUUAAAAAAUGCUUCUACAGCACUGAUUAAAUGAGAGCUCUUUUCAAACAAACUGUUGACAAAAGAGUUUCUAACACAGACAUCACAAUUGGUGAAGUUAAAAAAGCAGCUCUUGGUCUGAUUUCAAAUGUAAGGCCAUUUUGUGGCUGAAUUUAUCACAAUGUCUUUUUGUCCAAAAUCAUCACUCUAUUCUCUAUUAAUCUUUUCCUAGGUUCCUGUCCCAAUUCAUUCUACAUUUCUUGCUGGGUGUCGUUUUAAUGAUUUGUUGCAAAUGGACAGUUAAUAGAGGUAAGUUGUAUUAGUUCUGAUUUCAAUUCUUAUGUUGCGGAUAACCAAUCUCUUAACUUCUAAACUAUGGACAAGUGAUAUUUGAAGCAAGUUCUCGUUGAUUAUUUUUCUACUCUUGAUGUUUCAUGUUUCAAAAUUACAUUGUUUCUGCCAACUUACAGUAUUUUUUUUUUCAAAUGUAUUAGGCUCUUUUCUCUGCAAAAGAAGCUCAUAGAUUACUUGCUAAACUCUUCCAAAGAAAGUUUACUCAUAAUGUUCAGCAGCAGAAUGAAGAGCACAAUGUAAUAGCUGAUUCCUUAAAGAGCAUUAUAGAUAGUGUUGAGAAUAUUGGACUAAACUUAUCCGAUGCUAGGGAAAUUUUGCUAUUUGAUUCUAUAUCACGGGACUUGAAAGACAGGAAAGUUAUGCAGUGUUAUCUUGAGAGCACUCUUCAGUUGCAGGUAGGAAUCAUCCAUGAAAUGAUUGGAGAUGGAGAUGAGGCUGAAACCUAUCUCAAGUGGGGGAAAGCCAUAAUGUUCACUAAAUCUGCCUUUGUUUACAGUUUCUUUCUCUUCCUCUUUAGGAAAACUAUAUGUUAAAAAAAGACAUUGGAAUUUAGCAGAAGAGGAACUUGGAAGUGCUGAACAUAUUUUAAACGAAAGCAGCACACCCUUUUAUUGCUGAAAGUGUAAAUUGACUCUUGAAGUUACUCUGUAUGAGUAUCUUGGACAUUUGUGUCAAAGUAAAUUUGAAUAUUCAUAAAGAUUGAAAUC